UCUGUGUGUUACUUUUAUCUCUGGGCCGUUUGGGGGCUGUUUCAAAGUGAUUCCAGCAACUUUCAGUUUCAUCGUUCUCCUCUCUAUAUGCAUUCCUCAAGGUAGGCAACUUGAGUGGUGAAGCCCAGCAGAUCAACUGAAGGAACAGCCAUAAAUUCGCUCCAAACGCUCUGAUCACCUUAAGAUUCCACCUAGGGCAUGUGCGAUAGUUGCUCUAACAAUCUUCCCUUCACUGGAGGAAAAUUUCAGCUUGCAAAUCUCACAAGUGUUUCCCAUCGAGACCCGUUGAAUGAUGCACUGACUGUAUGUUCCGUGCACGGACUGUUUGAAAAAGGACUUAGUGACCCCAGUGGAUGAAGGGAUAUUGUUCACUGCAAGUAUUAUUGUUGCUUACAUUGAGGAAUAUACAUAGAGAGGAGCGUGAUGAAAUUGAAAGUUGCUGGAAUAACUUUGAAAUGGCUCCAAAACGGCAUGGGGGAAAAGAAACACGUAAAAGAGUUGAAGUAAGUCAUAUUUAUUCAAUUUCUCUUCCACAGUUAAAACUGUUACGUAUGUUUGUUACAUUCCCAUACAAACUCUUAUAUCUAUGCUGUUAUGCCAUGUUGUUUAAUAAUGUUCAGGUCUCCUAGGGAGCUUGGGAUACCUGCUGUAUGCUGGUUUUGACUGUACUUGAUGCAUUGUUCUUCAGGCAACUAACUGGCGGUCAGUUAGAGAUUGUAACAGGUGGAUGGGUGAUGCCUGACGAGGCCAACACACAUUACUAUGCCAUGCUGGAUCAGAUGAUUGAAGGGCAUCAGUGGAUUGAAAAAAACCUUGGUUCAGGAAUUAAGCCAAUGUCUGGGUGGGCCAUUGAUCCAUUUGGACACACGCCCACCAUGGCUUAUCUUCUGCGACGUGUGGGUUUCCAUGCCAUGUUGAUUCAAAGGACUCAUUAUCAGGUGAAAAAGCACCUUGCCAAGGAGAAAAAUCUUGAGUUCAUGUGGCGGCAAAAUUGGGAUCACGGAUCAACAACGGACAUGUUUUGCCACAUGAUGCCAUUUUACAGCUAUGAUGUACCUCACACCUGUGGGCCAGAUCCAAAGAUUUGUUGCCAGUUUGAUUUCCGUCGCUUGCCAGGUGGUGGAAUCACUUGCCCAUGGAGAAUUCCACCUGUAAGGAUUGAUAAUAACAAUGUUGGAUCAAGAGCCCGCUUACUACUUGAUCAGUACAAGAAGAAAGCUCAACUUUACAGAUCCAAUGUCUUGUUUGUUCCCUUGGGAGAUGAUUUUCGAUAUGAAACUACAUUUGAGACACAUGAACAGUACAGCAAUUACCAGAGAUUGAUGGAUUAUAUCAAUUCCCAUCCUGAGCUGAAGGCAAAGGUGCAGUUUGGCACUCUAAGUGAUUAUUUCAAUGCACUGUGGAAAAUUGCAGGGGCUGAGCCUGGCACUCAACCAAAAGACUUCCCAGCUUUGAGCGGAGACUUCUUCACUUAUGCUGACAGGGAAGAUCAUUACUGGAGUGGCUAUUACACAUCAAGACCAUUUUAUAAGCAUAUGGAUAGGGCACUGGAGUCACACCACAGGGCUGCUGAAAUAAUUUUCACCUUGGCUGAAUCUCAUUCUCGUCACCAUGGAAGUUCAAGUUUUGCUGUGGAGCAGCUGUAUGGUCUACUGACUGGCGCACGCCGCAACUUGGGUCUUUUCCAACAUCAUGACGGCAUCACUGGCACAGCUAAGGACUUUGUUGUUGUUGAUUAUGCUACAAGGAUGCACCGAUCAUUGAAUGAUCUGCAGCGAGUGAUACAGGACUCCGCCCAUUUUCUGUUGACGUCUGACAAGUCUCAUUACACAUCACCAGACCCAGUGUUACCUCCACUUAAGUUUGGCGAAAGCAGACUGGCUCAAGAUGCGUUAUCAACUAAAGAAGUGCUGACAUUAUCCAACACACCAAGAGCAGUGGUGUUGUACAACUCCCUGACCACGGCAAGAGAGCAAGUCGUCAGCCUUCACAUCUCAGACCCAGCUGCAAUGGUAGUUAGUGACAGUCAAGGACAGGAAGUUCCAAGUCAAGUGAACGUCUGGUGGGAUCAUAGAGACAGAAUCUCGACUGCUAAAUAUGAACUAAUUUUUGUCGCCAAAGUUGCUCCUCUGGGUUUGACCACGUACUUUAUAUCGUCAGGCCUUGGAUCAAAAUUGUGUGAACAUUCUAGUAUUACAGAGUAUAAUUCUGCUGGAAAUUCUAUAAAACCAAGGCAGGAAUUUAAACAUGAUGUCAGGCAACCUGGAGGAGAAAGCAUUAUUUUGGAAAAUGAAAACCUCAAAGUUGAAUUUGAAAGUCUCCGCGGGCUUUUGAAGACCAUCACACAUAAGGAUGGAGCUGUAACGCAAGUGGCCAUUGACUUUGUCUCGUAUGGAACAAAAUCUUCCGGGGACAGGAGUGGAGCGUAUCUGUUUCUGCCAAAUGGGCCUGCUGAGGCACAUGGUCUGGGAGAGCAGCCAGUGGUGUAUGUGAGCAAAGGAAAACUGAUGCAGGAAGUACGAGUUUCCCUUCCCAAUGUUCUGCACAUAGUGAGGCUUUAUUCCGUGUCUGGACCUGAAGGACGAACGCUUGAUAUCCAAAACAGAGUGGAUAUACGAGAUCAAGUAAACAAGGAAUUAGUGAUGAGAAUCAAAAGCAAUGUACAGAACAGCGGUCGAGAAUUUUACACCGACUUGAAUGGAUUUCAGAUGCAAAAGCGAAAAAAACUGGACAAGAUCCCCAUUCAAGCCAACUUUUACCCUCUACCUUCUAUGGCAUUCCUUCAAGACAAGUCCACACGCUUAACACUCCUGUCAGCUCAGUCCAAUGGUGUGGCAGGGCUUUAUCAAGGUGAAUUUCAAGUUGUUUUGGAUCGCCGUCUUUACCAGGAUGACAACAGAGGAUUAGGUCAGGGUGUAACAGAUAACAAAGUUACUCCAGCUAACUUCAGACUUGUCGUUGAAAGAUUUAAAAGUCCACACGAACCUGAUGGUAUUCCUCUUGCGUACCCCUCCCUUCUUGGUCACCGUUUGUUACACCAUCUAAACCACCCACUCUUUACGUUAGUAACUCCAGCAGAGUCCGCUGACUCGGCGAACCUGUUGUCAAAUUUUAACAGUCUACAGUCUGAUCUACCCAGCGAUAUCUUCAUGGUUACCUUGCGUUCGAUAGCAGAUAAACAGCGACCUCGACCCAGCGGCGAGGCUCUACUGGUACUUCAUCGUCUGGGAUAUGAUUGUAAUUUCGAAUGCAAGUGUCUUACGACCACAAGCCGAGGACAGGUGAAGUUGAACCAUUUAUUCAAAGACUUAUCGAUUGAUAAGCUCCAGUCCACCUCUCUGACAAUGUUACACGAGUACCAGGAACUGGAUCCCAGCUCUCCUCUAAACGUGGAUCCAAUGGAACUUUAUUCAUACAAGAUGAGGCUCAAAUGAUGACACUUCACGCGAUUUUAUACGAAGCGAAUUUUAUAUGUAAAUGCAUACAGUAAAUGAAGGAUCUUGGCUAAAGAAUGUGCUAAAUUUCACUCAAAUUUUGAUCGAGAAAGUAAAAAUCAGGUGGCGUACAAACGUUCCGGGAUUUAAAGAAAAUGAUAUUUAGAUCCUGUCUUUCAGGUUACAUGAUAGUAAGAUUUGACUAAUACCGCUGGUGGCCGGUUUUUCCUCUUAGCUUAGAGUUUUUAUCCGCGAAUACAGAAAGGCAGUAUGGCCGAGAAUGGUUUGUUGUGUGAAGCGUCUCGCCCCAUACUCCCUGCCUGAUAUUAGAGAGAAAAACAGUCUGCCAGCAGUCUAUACGUUUCGUCCAGGGUUAAAUUUGCUAGCUUCAAUCAACUACAGUAGAACCUCGCCUUACGAUGACUCAUUGUUACAUUCACGUACUUUUGUCCAAAGUAAACUUCAGCGCGGUAGUGAUGCCGGUUUAACACACAAGUUAGCCUUCAGACUUAUUUAUACGCGGACAUUUUCCACAACAACAGGAAUAUUCAUGAACUUUGAAGUCUUUGUCAUGAUCAUCUACGAUCAUGUUACUGCCGUUUUGGGUUACGUAUCCUGAUCCAGCACGCACCAUUUUUGAGAGAAUCCGAGGCUUUGCUCUCUUUUAAGGCAGUGGAAUACAAAUCUUAUUAAGAAUUAAAUUGAAGACGAGUUGGAGCCCUUAGAUUUUACCAAUUGUGGUGUUUAUAUACCUAUUUACGCUGUUAACCCAAAUCUACAAAAAGAUUUCACUGUUCAAACUCGAAGGAUUCAUGUUUCCUUUGCUAGCUCGACAGAAAACUGUACUCGGCUGAUCUGAUACUUUCCUGUGAUCAACGUAUAAUGUAUAUUUCUCUUCACGUCUGUUACUGGGCAGGGGGUGGGGCAAAGUUAAAGUUUGAACGUCAAUUUCUUAUAUGAAAUGGUUUAUUUUAUCGACGUGAAAACCCCAGGACUUUAUUGACGGAUACGCAUAAAGCAGUGUUCUUUCGCGCUCUGCUCUCAGCAACUGGAGUCGGAGGUCUAAGGAUUAGGGACGGCAGUGAGAAAGCCAGCCAUACGCAUUAGGUAUGAUAUAUAACAAUUGAUUCUGUUGAAUGAGUGGAAAUUUAGCUGAAGUUAUAAAAUAUCGUCUGGUUUAAAACUCACUUGCCUGUUUUACUAAUUAGGGUAGGUAGAAAUAGUUCAAAAAUAGGCUAUGGGAUAUUUUAUAGAAAUCUGUUCAAAUGAAAUCAAACAAAUCAAACACUUAACUUGGUACAGAAUUCAUAAAGCUAUCGCUUAUUUACGAUGAAUCUGUGCGUCUAAAGGAAUUGUGUAAAUUAAGAAAAGCACAAUUUU